CCACUUGCUCGUGUUCAAAGAUCAUAGAGUAUCUUCGGUCGUGUUUACUGUUCCUCUUCUAACAACCUCACUGUUUACUGCAAAGUGCCCGGGAAACCACAAGAGAGCUUCGAAACGAUUGAGAAUUUCGGGGCUGCCCCAAGGAAGGUUGUUACCCACUUACGUCAUCAUCUGGAGAGCAAGGUAUACGAGUAUGUGAACCCUCAAGUAUGGGUGGAGGACACUGCUCAGGUUUUCUUAGAAAUUCUAAUCAAGGACCAAUGGACUAUCAAGAUUGAUGGAUGGGACUUCGUGCCCACGAAAACUCGGGAGGUGAAGACUCAUCAGAUGGAAAUUAUGGAGCUACGCCCACGAAAAUUCAGGAAGCUCGAUGUAAUUCUGGGAAGCUACAUCAACAUCUUGUUAGACCAUUGUUAAAAGUAUAGCAGCCAUCAUUGUAUUCUGGAGUUAUCAUUUAUAUUGAGGGUAAUCAUGAAUGAUCAAACGGGGGAAUGUUAAUAUUGACUAAAUUAAAGACACCAUAGAAUGGAGGAUCCCUGCACUUGUCAGAAUUGCUUAACCCUUGUCAGCUGAACUUUACAGGCUUUGAUUGGCGCCAGCUAGUCUAGGCUCAGACUGAUAUGCAGGAUGGCAAGGGGUCCAGGUGUUCUCCAUGUUUCUCUUAAAUUGAUAACAUGUAUAGUGGUUUUGCAAGCUAACCUUAAAUGCAUCAUUUCUAUUGGGUUGCUGUAAAAGCAUUGUAAAUAGUAUAAAUAAUGUUGCAAGACGGUCAUCCUGUAAAUUGAUGAUUGGUCGAAACUGUUGAGCCUUGGAGAAAUUGUUUGAAUCUCAGGACACGUUUCAAUGUUUGUUCUCGUUAGCUUCCUUCGAGAGCUUUCUUCGAGAGGGACAGGUCUUAACACUGAGCACUCGGGAGGUACAGUGCACUCUGCGUAGGAUCAAUCCACGCAAGGCUGCAGGCCCGGACGGAGUCCAAGGAAGGGUACUAAAGGAAUGUGCUGUACAGCUGGCUGAGGUAUUCACGAGGAUCUUUAACCUGUCUCAAUCUCUGGCAACGGUCCCCAAGUGCCUGAAGACUAUAGUGCCGGUGCCAAAAAAGUCAAAAGUCACCAACGUGAACGACUACCAUCCGGUUGCCUUAACUCCAAUACCCAUGAAGUGCUUUGAAAGGCUGGUCCUAUCUCACAUCAAAUCCAGCAUCCCUGCCUCACUGGACUCGCAUCAAUUUGCACACAGGGCAAAUAGAUCAACAGAGGAUGCCAUCUCUCUGGCUCUUCACACUGUCCUGACUCACCUGGAAAGACAGGGCACGUACGUGAGGAUGCUCUUCAUAGACUAUAGCUCUGCCUUCAACACGGUCAUCCCCACCAAGCUCACCACCAAACUUCACCAGCUAGGCCUCAGCUCGCCGAUAUGCAACUGGAUCCUGAAUUUCCUGACGGAGAGACUGCAGGCAGUGAGACUGGGCCCGCACCUGUCCUCCACUAUCACUCUGAGCACCGGCACACCACAGGGCUGUGUACUGAGCCCCAUGCUCUACUCCCUCUUCCCACACGACUGUGUUCCUGCAUACGACACCAACACCAUCGUCAAGUUCGCAGACGACACAACGGUGAUCGGGCUGAUCACCAACGGUGAUGAAACAAACUACAGAGCGGAGGUGCAGAACCUGGCGGACUGGUGCUCACGUAACAACUUGUCCCUAAACACCUCCAAGACCAAGGAGCUGAUUAUCGACUUCAGGAGGGCACAAAAUGGGGAAUACGCUCCAAUCUCCAUCUACGGGGACAGUGGAGCUUUAGGUUUCUGGGCACACAAAUUUCAGAGGACCUCACAUGGUCUACCAACACUGCUGCGCUGGUCAAGAAGGCACAGCAAUGACUAUUCUUUCUGAGAACAUUGAAAAAGACCGGUCUGCCCCAACAGCUGCUGUUAUGGGGCAGACUAUCGGAUGGAAGCUGCAUACCAAAUCUCGUUGCACCUAUGUGCAAUGACAAUAAAAUAUAUUAUUAUUA